GAAUUUCAGCAGGCUCGAGCCAAAUUGCAUUUCUGUCCAAACACACAACGUGCUUCCUUCUGCGUUUUCUCUUGCAGAUGGGGCUCAGCUGAACAAGCCCUCCUCUUAAACUGUCGUAAGCACCACCAUGCGGGAGCUGGGCUGGAGUUGCCAGAGGCUGCAGCAACAGCUUGGGCGGCCCUGAGCAGAAGCGACGAGUUGUCUUCUUCUCUAGGAUGAUUCAAAGAUAAAAUAAGCUGCUCCGUUGACAACCGUUUUAGGGCAAGACUCUUACUGAAUUACUGCACAAGCUUCGAGAUUGCUCUAGAAGUUGAGAGUGGCUGYGAAGGGAGACAGUGCUAUUUCCCAAAGAGGGAUGAAAGGUUGGAAUUGCAACAGCUCCAGCUUGUCUAUCAGUCAUGAAACGAAUUCUUCUGUUUUUUAUCCUGGCUGCUGCUGUUAUGUAUGGUAUCCUGCAUGGAAAUCUGUGGAGAAAUAACCUCUACUGGAUUAGCUUUUAUGGACAGACUUCCUCUGUGAGGGCUGCUACUUCCUAUGUGCCUAGUGGAGUUACAUACAGUUAUGAUGAGCUGCCAUCUACGGCUGUGGAGAGGAGGAAUGCACUAGACACUUGUCUCCUGAGACCAGCAUUUGAAUCUUUGCUGGGCGAUGACAAAAUAUACCCGUUCCURUGUCCUGAUGAUUUUCUCAGAGUGGCAGCUUUCCAAGGGAGCCAUAAGUUUGAUCUACCUUACGGAAUAAAGAGAGCAGAGCAAUUUUUUCGUCUAGCCCUUUCAAGACUGCAGAACUGUGGACUUUACAGUGAAGAAGACAGCAUUGCCUGUCGACGGUGUGUUGUGGUUGGUAAUGGAGGAGUGCUUCGAAAUAAGACAUUAGGGGAGAAAAUUGACUCAUAUGACGUCAUAAUAAGAAUGAACAAUGGCCCUGUGAUAGGRUAUGAAGAGGAUGUCGGGAGGAGGACGACUUUCCGCCUUUCUUACCCGGAAUCCAUCUUCUCAGAUCCCAUCCACUACGACCCUAAUACCACUGUUGUUCUCAUUGUCUUCAAACCACGGGACUUGAAGUGGCUUUGGGAGAUACUAGGUGGUCAGAAAGUAAGCGCGAAGGGCUUUUGGAAGAGACCAGCUCUGAAGAUGAUAUACAAAUCAAGUCAAAUAAGGAUUCUUGAUCCCAGCAUCACCAGGAAAACUGCCUAUGAAUGGCUUCAUUUCCCAGCAAGGUUCCCUAAGAAGGAGAAACCCAAGCAUCCAACAACGGGGCUAAUUGCUGUUACACUGGCAUUUCACAUAUGCCAUGAAGUCCACCUGGCAGGCUUCAAGUAYGACUUCGCUGACAGAAACAGUUCUUUGCACUACUAUGGCAAUGAAACCAUGUCUCAGAUGAUGCAGAAUGAAUACCACAACAUCACCGCCGAGCAGAAAUUUUUGAAGAAGCUUAUAGACAAGAACUUUGUAGUCAAUUUGACGUGAAAGCUGAAUGGAAAAUACAAAGAACAAUCACUAUUUUGAAGAUCUGAAAAAUUUUUAUUUUUUGUAUGACAUUUUUAUUUUUUAAGUGCAGCAUAACUGUUUACUGUUUCAAAGGAGCCCAGAAACCUCACCAAGGCAGAAGCUGCUUUCUAAGCCUGACGGUAAUGGACUGUUGCAGACAGAGUUAACUGAAUUUCUGUGAAGCUAUUUAAUAGUGGGAAACCAUGAAACUUUCAGCUGAAAGUAUCAGGGAUAUAUAAAAAUGUGAUGCACAUCACUUAUCAGUGAGAACUCCUUCCAAAUGAUUAAUUCUCUGGAAUAAUUUCGUUUCUGAUGUUAUCCUCCAGAAGAGUUCCACUGUCAAGAYACUGCGAUGACCAGUGUUCCAUUAGUAGAUGGAUGUAAAGUCAUGACUAUCUGUCUUGAAGUGUGAAAAUGGCUUUAAAUCUAUGCAUCUAAAUCAUUACUGUGAGUUUUGGAGAAGGGAGAACGUACAGACUGUGCAGGUUUUGUUCUGYCAUACUCCUGAGGAGAGGAUGUGCACCUUCAGCCAAGCAGCCACAGCUUCUGCACUGACCAUCAACUCUGAACUGCUGUCUGCCUUUGCCAGAGGUGAAGACCCUUUGUCCAAUUUGUGGAGAUGUUGGUGUUGACAAUGCUUGUGUUGUACCCAUUUAAUGGAAAAACCAUACUCCCUGUGCUGUGCAUCCAGUAAAUUUUACAGUUGCUAACUUGACUUAAAAAGGAGGGAAUAUGAAGAYUGAAGAGUUGUCCAAGCCCCCAGACCACAACGGAAACGUGAUCUGGGACAGAGAUGUUCAUGCCUGAGUUUUGAGACAAUGCUUGUUGGAGUUCUAGUUCUCCAGGACRGGAUCUCAUGUAUUUGUUUGUUGUUCCUCAAAAAUUGAGGUGGAUUUUUCCAAAUGAGCACAAUCUCCUUCCUCAGAUGCUCUAAUGCGUCAAUACAAGCAAUGAAUACUCCCAUUUUUGGCAGUAGAGUGUGGUAGGGAAUAUCCAGGAUGUACCUCAGCUGAAUUAUCAUUUGGCAUCUGUUUACCUCUUCUAUCUUGACAUUUAAGUUUAAAGUGUAUGGCUGAACUAAAUCAUUUAUCAGUGGGAAUUUACUCAAGAUUUUAAUUGAGGCAUUUAAUGGGACGUUUGUUUCCCGUGUUGGUUUGUCUCUGAUGAGUCUGUGAAUAAAUGAAAUCUGCCUGGGAAGGCGCUUGACAACUGUCAAAGAACAACAGUAUGCUGUUCCAGUUCUCUCACAGAGCAUCUAAACAAAGUUUUUAUUUUAAUUAUGGCAGAAUUACUGGAAGAUUUUGUGGUUAUCCUGAUCAAUCACACCUGAGGAAAGCAUAAAGAAGUCCACUUAAAAUGAUUUAAAGUUGGUAGAAAUACCUUUGUUGCUUUUAAAUGAAAUUUAUAGAGAGAGUACAUUUAGGAGUWAUGCAAACAAUCACAAUAUGAACACAAACCAUGGUAUUUGUUAUUUUCAGAAGCUGAGGAUUGCAAGAGUACCAAGCACAUUUUUUUUUCUUUUUGCUGCAGCAAUGUAGAGGAAUAACCAUUGAAGUAACCAAAGAGUCAUCCUUCUGGGGUGCAGUAGCUAUAAAAAAAAAAAAAAAAACAAAAUCACAAACACCUUCUCAUAGUUCUUAUUUCCAUUUUUAACUCCUUGGCUCUGCCAUUUGGGARUUAGGGAGGGCAGUAUGAUUUGGAGAGAUGCCACAGCUGAAGGGGAGGAGGCAGUGUGUUUUCACCCAGUGAUUCCUGAGCUUUGGUCCAUUUCAAGCAAGUUGGACAUACCUGUAAAAAAUCCAGACAUCAGAAAAAYCUGAUGGGUGGGGAAGGACCCAGUGGUGUCCCAGCAAGGGCCAGGCUGUGCCAUGGUGUCUUGGCAGCUGUGUCCCCCUUGGGUGCAGCUGCAGACCAGAGAUGUGCAGGGUGGCAGUGGGAGCAUGGAGGAGAGGGGAGUGYGUGUGAGGUCCUGGGGUACAGGGGACUCUGGURGUGGAAAUGGAGAAGACCACCCUUUCUUUACCAGCUGGAAGAAGGGCUCUUACUUAAUUUAUUUACUUU